UGAAACUUGUUAAUCAAUUCUCAUUCAACAAUUCAAGUACAAUAUGUCGUUUUUCUUCCCAUUCCAUUUUCUUGCACACAAAGCAACUAUUUUUCUUACUUUUUUCAUCAAUGUGAAACCAGUUUUCUUGCAUGGCUUAUCUGGUUUCCUCAAUCUACUUCUGUUAGUGGCCUUAUUAGUGUCAUGGUUGUGGAAGAAACUUGCUGCUAUAGAAUCCAGAAAGAGAAUACAAAAGACCCUUUUCACAAGGACACUUUUUUGUUCUUUUUCUGCUUUCAAUCUUCUGCUUUGUUUCUUUGAUUACUUCAGUUGGUAUAGAAAUGGUUUUUCUAAAGAAAAACUUGUGACCCUUUUAGAUUUGGCUCUCAAAACCAUUGCUUGGGGUGGUUUUUGUGUUUGUCUUGAAAGGACACUCAUCUGUUCAUUGUUCUUCAGAACUUGGUGUCUUUUUGACCUCUUUGUUUCAUGUUGUUGCUUUACAUUGGACAUUGUUCUUCAUGAAAAGCAAGCUCUUUUGCCAAUUCCAUACUUGGUUUCUGAUGGUUUUUCUGUUUGUGUGGGGUUACUUAUCUGUUGCUUAUGUUUUCUUGUGAAAAAUGAGGAUGGAAUAAAAGAUAGAACUCUUCAAGAACCUCUUUUGAAUGGCGAUACAAAAGAAGCCAAAGGGUUUGACACUGUUACUCCAUACUCAAAUGCUGGUUUUUUCAGUAUUCUUACAUUCUCUUGGAUUUUUCCACUGAUUGUUGUAGGAAAGAACAAAACUUUAGACCUUGAAGAUGUUCCUCAACUCGACAGAAGAGAUAACUUAUUUGGCGCUUUUCCGAAUUUCAAGAAUAAGCUUGAAGCAUAUUGUAGUGGUAAUACUAAUGACAUCAACAAAGUGACCACAUUUAAGCUAGUAAAGUCAUUAGCAUUCACAUCUUGGAAAGAGAUUCUUUUGACAGCUAUUUUUGCAUUUGUAAACACAUUGGCUUCUUAUGUAGGUCCUUAUCUUAUAAAUGAUUUUGUUCAAUAUCUUAAUGGACAAAGAAAAUUUGAAAAUGAAGGACUUGUUUUGGUGUCUGCAUUUUUUGUAGCAAAGCUUCUUGAGUGUAUAACAAAGAGACAAUGGUUUUUCAGGUUGCAGCAAGUUGGAAUUAGAAUCCAAGCACUUCUUGUAACAAUCAUCUAUAAUAAAACUUUGACACUUUCAUCUCAAUCAAAGCAAGGCCACACUAGCUGCAAAAUAAUCAAUUUCAUGACUGUUGAUGCAGAAAGAGUUGGCGACUUCAGUUACCAUUUGCAUGAUCUUUGGUUGGUAGUUCUACAAAUUUUAGUAGCUUUGUUUGUUUUGUAUAAAAAUCUCGGACUCGCAUCGAUUUCCGGGUUUGUUGCAACUAUCAUUGUAAUGUUGGCAAAUGUUCCUUUAGGAUCAAUCCAAGAGAAGUUUCAAGGCAAGUUGAUGGUGUCAAGAGACAAAAGAAUGAAGGCCACAUCAGAGAUUUUAAGGAACAUGAGGAUUCUUAAACUACAAGGAUGGGAAAUGAAGUUUCUGUCUAAGAUAACUGAGCUCAGAAAGAAUGAAGAAUUCUGGUUAAAGAAACUUUUAUACACUUUAUCUGUGAUCAUAUUUGUAUUUUGGAGUGCACCGGCAUUUGUGUCUGUGGUUACUUUUGGUACUUGUUUGCUUAUAGGGGUACCACUUGAAUCAGGAAAGAUCUUAUCUUCACUUGCAACAUUUCAGAUUCUACAAGAACCAAUUUAUAACCUUCCCGAAACGAUUUCAAUGAUGGCACAGGCUAAGGUUUCUCUCGACAGGAUUGCAUCUUUUCUUUGUCAAGAUGACAUGAAGUCUGAUAUUGUUGAGAAGCUUCCAAAGGGUAGUACUAGUAAUAGUUCUGAUAUAGCAAUUGAAGUAGUUGAUGGAAAUUUCUCUUGGGAUUUACCUUUUUCAAAUUUAGUAUUGAAAAACAUAAAUCUUAAGAUUUUUCACGGAACGAAAGUUGCUAUUUGUGGUACUGUUGGAUCAGGUAAAUCUACUUUACUUUCAUGUAUAUUAGGAGAAGUACCAAAAAUAUCAGGGGUAGUAAAGGUUUGUGGAAUAAAGGCCUAUGUAGCUCAGUCACCAUGGAUACAAAGUAGCAAGAUAGAGGAUAAUAUAUUGUUUGGGAAGGAUAUGGAAAGGGAAAGAUAUGAGAAGGUUCUUGAAGCAUGCUCACUAAAGAAGGAUCUUGAGAUUUUGUCAUUUGGAGAUCAAACAAUGAUAGGGGAGAGGGGAAUAAAUUUGAGUGGUGGACAGAAACAACGGAUACAGAUUGCCCGUGCUUUGUAUCAAGACGCUGAUAUAUAUCUAUUCGAUGAUCCGUUUAGUGCUUUGGAUGCUCAUACCGGAACUCAUCUAUUUAAGGAAUGCUUGUUGGGAUUUUUAAGUUCAAAGACUGUGAUUUAUGUCACGCAUCAAGUCGAGUUCUUACCUGCUGCUGACCUUAUCUUGGUUAUGAAAGAUGGAGAAAUAACUCAAUGUGGAAAGUACAAUGAUCUACUCAACUCAGGCACUGAUUUUAUGAAACUAGUUGGUGCUCAUAGAGAAGCUUUGUCUGCACUUGAUUCAUCAAAUGGAGAUACAACAAUAUCUGAUAAAAUAAGUACAUCACAAGAUUCUCUAGGUAUCGCUCUUUCACACGAAGUCGACAAAAUAGUACAGAAUGCUGAAAUAGAUGACAAGUUUGAGGCAAAAGGCCAGAUUGUUCAAGAAGAAGAAAGAGAGAAAGGUAAAGUUGGGUUUUCAGUGUAUUGGAAAUAUAUCACAAUAGCAUAUGGAGGAGCUCUUAUACCAUUCAUAUUGAUAGCUGAAAUCAUGUUUCAACUUCUUCAAAUUGGAAGCAACUAUUGGAUGGCUUCAUCAACUCCUAUUUCAAAAGAUGUGAAGCCAACUGUUGGAGGAAGUAAACUCCUAGUUGUCUAUGCAGCUUUGUCCAUAGGAAGUUCUUUAUGUGUCCUAGCUAGAGCAAUACUUGUUGUCACAGCUGGUUAUAAGACUGCUACUCUACUCUUCACUAAAAUGCAUCUUUGCAUUUUCCAUGCUCCAAUGUCAUUUUUUGAUGCCACUCCAAGUGGAAGAAUCCUUAAUAGGGCUUCUACUGACCAAAGUGCAGUGGAUAUAAACAUUCCUUUUCAAACUGCAUUAGUUGCUUGUUCUGUGAUCCAUCUUCUUGGAAUUAUAGCGGUGAUGUGUCAAGUUGCAUGGCAAGUUAUCAUUGUCUUUGUUCCUAUGACAGCAAUCUGCAUUUGGUAUCAGAAAUAUUAUAUACCAUCAGGCCGCGAACUAUCUCGUUUAGUCGGAGUAUGCAAAGCUCCUGUCAUCCAACACUUUGCUGAAACAAUUUCAGGUACAUCAACUAUCAGAAGCUUUGAUCAGGUAUCAAGAUUUGAAGAAACAAAUAUGAAAUUAACAGAUGGAUAUUCACGCCCCAAAUUCAAUAUUGCUGGUGCUAUGGAAUGGUUGUGUUUUCGAUUAGACAUGGUGUCAUCUAUCACAUUUGCCUUUUGCUUGGUAGUCCUGAUAGCGGUUCCACAAGGAGUCAUAAAUUCAGAUGUUGCUGGUUUAGCCGUGACAUAUGGCCUUAAUCUGAACAUUAUACAAGCAUGGAUGAUAUGGGAACUUAGCAACUUAGAGACCAAAAUUAUAUCAGUAGAAAGAAUACUUCAAUAUACUUCUAUUCCUAGUGAGCCUCCUCUUGUUGUCGAGGAAAACCGGCCACAAGCUUCUUGGCCAUUAUAUGGCACAAUUGAUAUUCACAACUUGCAGGUGCGUUAUGCUCCACAUAUGCCGCUAGUUUUACGUGGCCUUACAUGCACAUUUGAUGGAGGACUGAAAACUGGAAUUGUUGGAAGAACUGGAAGUGGUAAAUCAACUCUCAUACAAGCUCUAUUUCGAAUAGUUGAGCCUUCUUUUGGGACAAUUAUGAUUGAUGGUAUCAACAUAUCUUCCAUUGGACUUCAUGAUUUGAGGUCAAAACUGAGUAUUAUUCCUCAGGAUCCAACCAUGUUUGAAGGGAAUGUGAGGAGUAAUUUGGAUCCAUUGGAAGAGUACACAGAUGAACAAAUUUGGGAGGCACUAGAUAAAUGUCAACUUGGAGACGAAGUUAGAAGGAAAGACGGAAGGUUAGACUCGGCAGUGAGCGAGAAUGGUGAGAAUUGGAGUAUGGGUCAGAGGCAGUUGGUCUGUCUUAGUAGAGUGCUGCUCAAGAAAAGUAAAGUCUUGGUACUAGAUGAAGCUACUGCAUCAGUCGACACGGCUACCGAUACUUUUAUACAGCAAACUCUUAAGCAACAUUUCUCUGAUUGCACAGUAAUUACAAUUGCACAUAGAAUAACUUCUGUUAUUGACAGUGAUAUGGUUCUACUACUUAAUCAAGGACUAAUUGAGGAGUAUGAUUCUCCAACAAGAUUGCUAGAGAACAAGUUGUCAUCUUUUGCUCAACUUGUUGCUGAGUAUACCACAAGGUCCAACUUCAGUUUUCAUCCACAAAAAUAGUGUUUAUAUUUUAAUGAUAACAAAUUUAUGGAAGUAUACUCUACAAGA